AUGGAGCUAACCAGCUGCUCAUGGCAAUCCCUCCUUUUGUUCAUCCCACUCUCCCUCUGUCUUGCGGCCUCGCUCAUAUUCUUGCUCAACAGCUGUCGCCGACGCGGCAAGUCGCUCCCUCCAGGCCCGCCGGCCCUGCUUUUCCUUGCCAAGUUCUUGGCGCUCCGGCAGUCCAUCUUCGACCUUCCUCAGAUCCUACGCGAGCUACACGCGCGCCAUGGCCCCGUCAUCUCCGUCCGCCUAUUCCGCCCGCUCGUCUUCGUCUCGGACCGCCACCUCGCCCACCGUGUCCUCGUCCAGAGCGGCGUCACCUUCGCCGACCGCCCGCAGGUCUUCGAGCCGGGGCACCUCUUCACCUCCGGCGCCCGCAACAUCAACGCCGCGCCCUACGGUCCAUACUGGCGCCUCGUCCGCCGCAACCUCGCCUCCGAGGUGCUGCACCCGGCCCGUGUCAGCCUCUUCGCGCCGGCGAGGCGCCGGGCACGCGACACGCUCGUCAACAACCUCCUCGCAGCCAGCGGCGGCGGCGGCUCGCGGCCCGUCACCGUGAGGCCGUUGCUAAGGCGCGCCCUGUUCGAGCUUUUCGCGUACAUGAGCUUUGGCGCCAGGCUUGGCCCGGAGGUGUUGGACGAGAUACAGGAGCUGCAGUUGUGGGUUGUGCGCAGCAUCCUCAGCUACCCUAUCUUCUACAUCUUCCCGCCCCUCACCAAGAGGCUCUUCCGCAAGCGGUGGGCUGCGCACAUGGCCGUGCGUCGGCGGGUGGACGAGAUCCUUCUCCCGCUAAGAGCAUCUCCACUCAGCCCGGACGACAACCCGCCUUGCUACGCCGAAUCCCUCCUCGGCCUGCGGGUGCCCAGGGAGGGAGACCGCCCGCUCACCGACGGCGAGGUGGUCAGCCUACAAAGCGGUAGUGACUUUUGGGCGAGCGAGGACCGCACUCGACGAAUUGUUCGGUUCCAGGAUUGUGCCACUCAAGUCUGGGAGUUCCGCGAUUUCUUCGACAACACUCUAGCUAUGAUUUACAGUGCUUUGUUUCCUCGGAACCCUCAGUCUGCAAACCUUAUCGAACUGAUGGAUAAAUUCAAGGAUGUGGAGAGUAUCCAUGACUUUGUGAAGGCGCAGUUGAUCGCUGGUGCUAAAUUUGCUCUGAUUUGGCUGAAGAUUUGUUACUCCAAAUUGGACCUCGACACUGUCUUCGAUACUCUUUACCGCAAAACAUCGAAGAGGAGGGUGAACGCCGACAAACACAGUGAAGCUGUAUCGCCUGUGGCUGAGAAGAUGAUUGAUGAACUUCUUCAGUACGACGCUGCUUUCUUCACAGAUCAUCGUUACGAUGAUUCGACGCAGAUUGUUCGCACUGCCCGAGAGAACAUAACCAUAGAUAGGUUUGUGUAA